ACAGAGCAAGCAGCUAGAGAACAUCGCGUAGAGGGUCGAUUAAGAAACGCCAAUAAACAGCUUCACGAAUACGUUACAUCCCCUUUGCAAGUGAAAGAAGUAAAACAAGAUCAACUAAGAACAGAAAUAAAACUUGAUGUGCUGACAACACUGAGCCGGCGGUUACAGGAGCUAUACACUGGGGCUCUAGGUAUGCUUGCAGAGGCUGUUAAAUGUAGCGAGGACUUAAGGAAAGACUUCCAUGACCUCACCUACCACGGGCUCAGGGCGGAACAUUAUGAGCUGGUCUAUAGAGUCAAGGAUCUUGAAUCUGCCCAGGAGGAGAUGUCUGAGGAGGAAAAGAAGAAAUAUGACAGGCUACAAUCAUAUCAGAGGGGCCGGCAAAGUCAAGUGGAAAGACUGGAUAGACUGUGGAAGUCUUUCUUCUCU